ACUUUACCUCAAGCUUUGGAGAUGAUAUCUUUAUUAGAAAAAACAUACAAUAAAGCAAUAUCUCAACCAUCUCAAACAUCUGCAGUGGUUGAAGGUCUUUCUGCUUUCUGCUUGUUUUUGAAGCUAUAUACAUUUGACCCUGAAGCUGAAUCCAAGUUAAAAAAUGUGUUGAAUAUUGAUUAUAGCAAACUUCCAUUUCUGUCUGAAAAAUUCCUUUAUUGUUGCUCUAAUGAAGCAUUAUUUUCUGUGAUGUAUGUGAUUGAGAAGUUAGUGUUAGAACAUGGACAUAACAAUGAUUUAAGUUCCUUGAGAAAAGCAAUUCUUUUCCUCUUGACAAGACCAGCAUUUAAAAUCAGGAUGCAAGCCACAGCACAUUUGAAAAAAAUGUUAUCUGCUUUAGGUGGUAUAGAUUUAGCAUGUGGCCUUUUAAAAGAAUUUCCAUCUUUUUUGAACAGUAUUAAAAUAAAGAGUCAUGACAAGCGAGAAGAAAAUGAAAAUGAAGCUGAUAAUAAUGAAAUAAGUGUUCAGAUCCUUCAGAGUUGUAUCUUUGCAUUAUGUUCUGGAUCCAAUUGGGAUGAAAGUGAUGUUCAACAAAUAUGCUUUGAGGCUUUGAUACCGGCUCACUUAGGAGAUUUAUAUAAUUAUAAUUCAUCUUUGUGGCCAAAAGUGGUUUGCAAGCUGAAGUUAAAUCCAGUAAAUUUUGUAAAAGAAAUGGAAGAUGAAAUUAUUUCCAUAAUAAUUCAUGAUAAUGAAGAGCUUGAAUUCAUCAAGCAGGCUAAACUGAAUUCAUUGAAAACUGUUGUUCAGCUUCAACCCAGUGAAUUUGUUCCUUCUGUGGUAUCUCACUGUACAGCUGUUCUACGAGAUCCAGCUUUUGUCCAGGUUACCAAGGAGGAAUAUAAUAUAUUCCUUACUCCUGAAGGUCAACUGUAUGAUACAUCCGUCAUAGAAAACUUGAAAGAACAGAUAAAUACAAAUAAAAAUAUCAAAAGAGAGAGUAAGCUGUAUUCCUAUAAAGAACAAAUGGAGGAAAUAGAACUUAAAAAAGAAAUUGAAGCUAAAAAAAGGGCCAAAGGUUUAAUCAAGGAGCCAGAGUUAACCAAGAAACAACUAGAAGCAAAAAAUGCUCAAUUAGAAAAAGAAUCUGUUAUUCGAAAUAAUAUAAAACAACUUAAUAGCCGGUUCCAGAAUGCGUUAGACAAACUUCAGGCUGUUGUUGAUGCUAAUGCUAAAGCUCUUGGUUUUCAUAUGAAGGAUUUAACUUCUGCUUUAAUUAUGCUUUUUCCAUCUCCACUAUGUUCAUAUCGAGCUACCAGAAUGUAUGUUAAUCUGUCAUCUGUUAUAUCAGCUGGUGUUUUACUCUCAUGGGGUAAACCUGUUGCUUAUGCCACAUUACGGCUAUUGAAAUCUGCUUGUGAGCUUGAACCAGCCUGGACAGAUAUUGAUCUUAAUGAAGUGGUAUCAAAAAUAAUUAAAUUUCUUUAUUUCAACACAUGCCAAGUUGCUGUUGGUAGUUAUGAUGAGCACCUACUCUCUCAGACUGCAAAAAAUCACUUGAGUGCACCUGGUUUCACUUAUUGCUUUCCUCUCAUGCAGCAUUUAUUAUUGACACAGUCUUCAAAUUUGAUGUUACUUGAACAGAUAUUAUGUAUUAUAUUAGAACAUUCGGAAAUCAGAACUGUAGAUGAAACAACAAACAAGAUAUAUCAAGAAUGUCUGCCAACAUUACAAAUAUUUGAUGUCCUCAUAAAAGUUAUUUGCAAUACAAUUGGUCAGAUUCAGACUCUGGCUAUGGAAACUUUGGUGAAAGCAUGUGAAGCAGCAUCCGGGGGUGAAUAUUGCUCUUUUGCUGGUAUGCCAGAAAUAAAUGUGCUGUUGUUUGCCCUCUUGCUAAGCGAAGAAAAAGCAAGAUUAGCAGCAUUACAAGGCUUAAUGACAUUACAAAUAGUGUUGCCAGAUCCUCAAUCUAAUCAUGAAAAUGGCAUGCGUGUUGUACAGCGUAUUUUUGUUUCUUGUUUUGAUCCUGUUGAACAGAACCAUAAUACUGCUGAAAAAUUGUGGAAUGAUUUAGAAUUCACAAAAUGUGCUGAACUCUGCACUCUCAUCCUAAAUGACUUGAUUAAUCCAGAAGCCUUGGUGAGGCAAGCGGCAGCUGAUGCUCUUGCUGCAUUAUUUCCUGAUUUCCCUGAAUAUAUAGCACCUACUAUAGAAAAACUUCUAGAAAUUUAUCAUGAAAAGCUAUAUUUGCCGCCUCCAGUCCUGGACAGUCUACAUCGUGUUGUUUCUGAAUCACCACCUGAUAUGUGGGAGGCAAGAAGUGGAAUAGCAUUAGCUCUUGGGAAAAUGGCACCAUUUCUAAAUGUAGAUCAAAUCAUAAAUUUGAUGUCUUUCUUUGUGCCAGAAGGACUAGGCGAUAGACAUCAAACUGUACGAAAACAUAUGCUAGAUGCUGCUGUAGCUAUAAUUGAUGUUCAUGGUAAGAAUGCUCUUGCUGAUUUGCUGCCAGUGUUUGAUAAUUUCAUGGAUAAAGCUCCAGACAACUCAAGUUAUGAUGCUGUUAGACAGAGUGUAGUUAUUUUGAUGGGGACACUUGCUAGGCAUUUGGAUAAAGAUGAUCCUCGAGUCAAACCUAUUAUAAUAAAACUUAUUGAAGCUUUAUCAACUCCAUCUCAACAGGUUCAGGAAGCUGUAGCAAACUGUUUGCCACCCCUGGUACCAGCCAUAAAGGAUGAAGCUCCAUCUCUAGUCAAUACUCUAUUGCAACUAUUAUUAGAAUCAAGUAGUUAUGGUGAAAGGAAAGGUGCAGCAUAUGGAUUGGCAGGCCUUGUUAAAGGUCUUGGAAUUUUGUCUUUGAAACAGCUGAAUAUAAUGAAUACUUUAACUACAGCUAUUCAAAAUAAGAAGAAUUUUAAACAUAGAGAAGGUGCGCUAUUUGCUUUUGAAAUGUUGUGCAAUAUGCUGGGUAGGUUAUUUGAACCAUAUGUUGUUAAUUUUUUGCCACACCUUUUAAGUUGCUUUGGAGAUGGAAAUCAAUAUGUUCGAGAGGCUACUGAUGAUACUGCAAAAGCAGUUAUGAGUCGUCUUAGUGCACAUGGAGUGAAAUUAGUUUUGCCAUCAUUAAUUAAUGCCCUGGAAGAAGAUUCCUGGAGAACUAAAACUGGCUCUAUUGAAUUACUGGGUGCUAUGGCAUUUUGUGCUCCAAAGCAGUUAUCAUCUUGUUUACCAAGUAUUGUGCCAAAGUUAAUCGAAGUAUUGUCAGAUUCUCACAUGAAUGUUCAGAAAGCUGGUGCUCAAGCUUUGAAACAAAUUGGAUCUGUUAUAAGAAAUCCGGAAAUCCAAGCAAUUGUGCCAACUCUAUUGGAUGCGCUCCAAGAUCCAUCAAAGAAAACAUCUCCAUGUUUGGCUGCUUUACUCGAUACUCGAUUUGUACAUUUUAUUGAUGCACCAUCACUCGCUUUAAUCAUGCCUGUUGUACAGCGAGCAUUUCUUGACAGGUCAACUGAAACUCGAAAAAUGUCAGCUCAGAUCAUUGGAAAUAUGUAUUCAUUAACAGAUCAAAAAGACUUAGCACCUUAUUUGCCAAACAUAAUACCAGGAUUGAAACAGUCUCUUCUUGAUCCUGUGCCAGAAGUUCGAAGUGUGUCAGCACGAGCAUUGGGUGCCAUGGUAAAAGGAAUGGGAGAAAGCAGCUUUGAUGACCUAUUACCUUGGCUCAUGCAAACCCUUACAUCGGAGGCUAGUUCUGUUGACAGGUCUGGUGCAGCUCAAGGAUUAAGUGAAGUUAUUGGAGGAUUAGGUGUAGAAAAACUUAAAUCCUUUAUGCCUGAAAUUAUCAGCACAGCAGAGAGAAUGGACAUUGCUCCACAUGUUAAAGAUGGCUAUAUUAUGAUGUUUAUAUAUCUUCCAAUGGUUUUCAAGAAGGAAUUUACUCCAUAUAUAGGGCAAAUUAUUAAUCCAAUUUUAAAGGCUUUAGCAGAUGAAAAUGAAUAUGUUAGGGACACUGCCUUGCGGGCUGGCCAGAGAAUUGUGAACAUGUAUGCAGAUACAGCCAUUACACUUCUAUUACCUGAACUUGAAAGGGGUCUAUUUGAUGAUAACUGGCGAAUAAGAUACAGUUCUGUUCAACUUUUAGGAGAUCUAUUGUACAAAAUAUCAGGUGUGUCUGGUAAAAUGACAACAGAAACAGCUGAUGAAGAUGAUAAUUUUGGAACUGAGCAAUCCCACAAAGCUAUCCUCGGAUCUCUUGGUUAUGAGAGGCGUAACAGAGUUUUGGCAGGUCUAUAUAUGGGAAGAUCAGAUGUCGCUCUUAUGGUGAGGCAAGCAGCAUUACAUGUAUGGAAAGUAGUUGUGACAAAUACGCCACGAACUUUGCGGGAAAUUCUACCUACCCUGUUCUCAUUACUCUUAGGUUGCUUAGCUAGCAAUAGCUAUGAUAAGCGUCAGGUUGCUGCUCGAACUUUAGGUGAUCUAGUUCGUAAACUUGGGGAGCGUGUCUUGCCUGAAAUUAUACCAAUACUUGAGAAAGGUCUGGAUUCAGAUCGUCCAGAUCAAAGGCAAGGAGUAUGCAUUGGUCUGAGUGAGAUAAUGGCAUCUACUAGUAGAGAAAUGGUUCUUACCUUUGUUGAUAGUUUGGUGCCAACUGUGAGACGUGCUUUAAGUGAUCCCUUACCUGAAGUACGUAUUGCUGCAGCUACAACAUUUGAUAGUUUACAUUCAACAGUUGGUGUCAGAGCUCUUGAUGAUAUUCUUCCUCCUUUGCUUAGGCAAUUGAGUGAUCCUGGUCAAUCCGAAUAUACUCUAGAUGGAUUAAGACAAGUUAUGGCCAUAAAAAGCAAAGUAGUUCUACCUUAUCUUGUUCCUCAACUAACUGCUCCACCGGUGAAUACAAAGGCUUUAUCAUUUUUAUCUGCUGUGGCUGGUGAAGCUCUUACCAAGCACUUAUCAAAAAUUCUUCCUGCCCUGUUAUCUGCAUUAAGUUCUGCUGUUAAUACACCUCAAGAAGCUCAGACAUUGGAGUAUUGCCAGACUGUAGUUCUUGCUGCUACAGAUGAUUUAGGUGUCCGUACCAUUGUGGAUCAUCUGUUGGAGGCUACACGUAGUGAAGAUUCGCUUCGUAGACAUGCAGCAGUUGCUUUAUUGUGCUGUUACUGUUGUCAGAGGAAAGUUGACAUUUCUCAGCAUGUUCCUCAAUUGAUCCGUGGGCUUAUUCGCCUGUUUACAGAAAAGGAUCAAAAAGUACUUCAACUCAGUUGGGAAGCUUUGAAUGCUGUAACAAAGAAUCUGAAUACUUCAGAACAGCUAAAAUUAGUUUCAGAUGUUCGGCAGGCUGUUCGAUUUGCCGCGAGUGAUUUAAAGCCUGGUGAAUUACUUCCUGGUUUCUGUCUUCAAAAGGGUAUUACACCAAUAUUACCCAUCUUCAGAGAAGCCAUCUUAAAUGGAGUUGCAGAAGAUAAAGAACAAGCAGCCCAAGGACUUGGAGAGGUUAUAAAAUUAACAAGUGCUGAUGCUCUUAAACCAUCUGUAGUGCACAUAACUGGACCGCUUAUUCGAAUUUUAGGUGAUCGCUAUAACUGGCCAAUCAAAGUGGCCUUUUUAGAGACUCUUGCUCUCCUUCUUGCAAAGGUUGGAAUGAUGCUGAAACCAUUUCUGCCUCAAUUGCAAACAACUUUCCUUCGUUCUCUCAGUGAUGGGAAUCGUACCGUGAGAUUAAGAUCUGCCUCUGCUUUAAGUUACUUGAUUCUAGUUCAUAAUAGAGCUGAUACUUUAUUCACAGAGCUGCAUAAUGCUGUAAAAAAUGCUGAAGAUAAUUCCUUAAAGUAAUGUUUUUAAAUUUUGCCAAUUUUUUUCUCUUGAAU